AUGGCACACACGUGACUUUAAGACGGAAGAAGGGAACUAUGGAACUGACGUGUCCUUAAUAUGAAACAACGUGGCAGCUCCGAGACGUUUUAAGUUUACCUUUGCGGUUCGUAAAUCAGUGGCAGAGAAGUAAUUGUUGAAUCCGGUAAUGUAAAUUUAUAACAGUGGCUCGAUUAACGGUAUUUAAUCAUCGAAAUCGUCGAAAUACGUUGUACGUUUAUUUCAAUACGGACGCAAAAUAUUGAGGUUAUACACCAAUGAUAUUCAUGUAAUUCAGUGACAAUAACGAUUUAACCCAUGAAACGCGUAAUAUCGGUGAUAAACGUAAGCGUGACAAAAUCAAGAAGUUGACGCGCGUGUGGGUGGAACAGCUGUUCCAUUGACUUCGAGUUUUAUAACAUAACUACUUUUGUUGUUCUACAUGGGUACGAGAAAGAAAAUGUCAAGGGAUAUCAUCGUGGACGAUGAUAUCCACGAGUGUAAUCACGUGCAGGAACCUUCAGAUUUACGGGGUGACGAAAAAAAUAUUGUUAUUCUUUUAUUUUUGUACCUCUUACAAGGCAUACCAUUAGGUUUAUGUGGAUCUAUUUCUAUGCUACUCCAGAAUAGAGAAGUUUCUUAUCGUCAACAGGCUGAAUUUAGUUUUGUGUACUGGCCGUUUUCAUUGAAACUAUUUUGGGCACCAAUAGUAGAUUCCGUAUUUUCUCGUACAUUUGGCAGAAGGAAAACAUGGUUGAUUCCUACUCAGUACUUAAUGGGUUUUUUCAUGCUACUUUUAUCCAGCCAUGUAGACCGCUGGUUGGGUAACGAAAGCAAGAAACCUAACAUCGAAAUGUUAACCAUGUUGUUCUUUGUAUUAAAUGUCCUUGCUGCUACUCAAGAUAUCAUAGUAGAUGGUUGGGCUCUUACAAUGCUAAAAAGGUGUAAUGUGGGUUAUGCAUCAACUUGUAAUAGCGUGGGACAAACUGCUGGUUAUUUUAUCGGGUAUGUCCUCUUUAUGGCAUUAGAGUCUGCUGAAUUCUGUAAUAGUUACCUAAGAUCUGUUCCCUAUAAGGAAGGAAUAUUGACCCUAUCUGGAUUCCUUUAUUUCUGGGGUUGGAUUUUUGUAAUUACAACUACUUUACUUGCAUUAUUUAAAUAUGAGGAGAUGGAUAAACUACACAAGAAUGAUGAAUUAAGUACAGACAUUAAAUUGGCUUACAAAUCUCUUUGGAACAUUGUUACAUUGCCAUCAGUAAAGAUGAUUAUUGUACUUUUGUUAACUGCUAAGAUAGGGUUUUCUGCUUGCGACUCGGUAACGGGUUUGAAAUUAGUGGAGGCUGGUAUACAGAAAGAAAAAAUAGCUCUCAUGGCUGUACCAAUGAUACCUCUCCAAAUACUAUUGCCAUUGGCCAUUUCAAAAUACACGGCUGGUCCAAAACCAAUGGAUGUAUAUAUAAAGGCAAUGCCUUUUAGAUUGGCUUUUGGACUGGUAGCAGCAUUUUUAGUAUGGGUAACACCAUAUGUAAUAGUGGGUGGACAAGUUCCAGCUUACUAUUUCGUUUCCUUGAUAGCUUUGUACCUUAUACACCAGGUCUUUACCAGUAGCAUGUUCGUCGCAUCUAUGGCGUUCUUCGCGAAAAUUAGCGACCCCGCCGUCGGUGGUACUUACAUGACGUUAUUGAACACCGCAUCUAAUCUGGGGGCCAAUUGGCCAGCAACAGCGGCUCUCUGGUUCGUCGACACGUUAACGUUGCGGCAGUGCAGCACUAAUUCUUCGAAUGACUGCAGCACGGUUUCGAAGAGAGAGCUAUGCACAAACACGCACAAUGGUGUUUGUCAUAUGCGGCUCGAUGGUUAUUACAUAGAAAGUGUUUUAUGUUUAAUUAUCGGGCUAAUUUGGCUCAGGUGGGGUCGAAGGAAAAUUGAGAUCCUGCAAACAAGACCGAUGUCUGCUUGGAAAGUUGUCCUUCCAAAGCAGAACAGAUAACAGUAUUGAACUGACGUUGGAUAUUGUUGACACGAUACCUGCAAUUAUAAAUAUUUGGAAGAUGUAUAAAUUAAUUAUAUCGGUCGCAUGCCGGCUUCGCGUCCGAAUUAUUUCCCGCACAUUUACGAAGUGUUCCAAUCUCAUUAGCGCAACGUGACAAGGCCUUUCUCGGGAUUGCGUUCGUUCUUUUCUCCCCUUUUCUUUCUUUAUCUUUUAGCUUUUUCUUACUCUCGCAAUCGAACUUGCGUUCUGUUUAAAAGGCAACAUUAAAAUGCAAUAGAAGUGGAAGUUACGUACGAGUAACGUUUGCUGAAUAUUCAACGGUCAAUUUCUACAGAAUAACGCGAUACCCUUUCGCACGUUUGGCACAAUGCUAAUUGUUAAACAAGUACUGCGUUCAUUCCGACAUUACUGUAUGCGUGUGUGAACUUCUGAAAAAAAGAAAAGAAACACUCGUUCGGGUUGUACAGUUCAAACCGCGGAUACCAAUAUAUUCCAUUCCCUUUAGAUACCGCAUCAACGCGUAUGGUGCAUAAUGAAAGCGUGUUAUCCUUCUAUGAAGGUUAGUAAUCUUAUUUAUGUUGUAAUAUAUGCAAUAUAUUGCACUCGUUUAGAUUUUACCAUAUUUGUUAUUGGUAUUGAAUGGUCCACGAAACCUGCGGUUGUGAUUGUUCGCAGUACUUAUGAAUCAGUAUGUAAUAAGUACUUAUUUACAUGACGUUAAUAAAAGUUUUCCA